UUUUGUUAUCUGCAGCUACUUAAAGUUACUGAAUAAGAGGAUCAUUGCAGUCAGUCAUGGGUCGUCCUGGAAACCAGAUGUGGACAUGGACGUGGUGUGUCAUCUUAUGUGGGGUGUGUGUUGGUCCAACGGUGGCUGAACCACAUUACAUGGUGACCAUUCCUGCUGUUCUUGAAGCUGGAGCUGAGACCAAAUUCUGUGCAAGUCUCAUGGAACCUAAUGAGACUCUGACCAUGACUGUCACUUUGAGGUCAGAAGAAAAGAAUACAACCCUUCAUGAAAAGACGUCCAGGGAAGAGUUUCAUGAAUGCAUUCAGUUUCAGGUCCCUUUAGUGGAAAAUGAAGAGGUGACUAAAUUUGAGGUGGAGGUGCAGGGAAACAAAUUUUACUCGAAAGAAGUCAGGAAAGUCUUGAUCAAAUCCUACCCACCAAUGUACUUCAUCCAAACAGACAAACCGCUCUACCUCCCUGGACAGACAGUUCAUUUCAGAGUGUUCUCAAUGGAUACAAAGUUUAGACCAACCAACCAGCUGUACAGCAUCAUCGAACUUGAGGAUCCGAACAACAACAGAAUUGGACAGUGGCUCAAUGAAACAUCCAACAGCAAAAUACUGCAGCUUUCCUACCCCUUAAUCUCUGAAACCCGUGAAGGAACCUACAAAAUCAUUGUGACAGUUGGUGAACAUAAGACCUACCACCGCUUCAAAGUGGAGAAGUAUGUUUUGCCCAAAUUUGAUGUGACCAUGAAUGUAAAAGAAGAAGUCAGUAUUGGGGAGGAGAACUUUGAAACUAAAGUAUGCUCAAAGUACACAUAUAGACAGCCUGUUCCAGGAAGUGUCACAGUAGAGGUGUGCCGACCUCUUCAGCAGCAUAUUUAUAAUUCAGAAGUGGUGCUCAUAAAUCCUGAAGAACAUCAGAUAUUACCUCCCUGUGAGAUAGUCACAAAGCAGACUGACAAAACAGGCUGUGCUUUGUUUGAAAUGUCAAGUUUUACCAAAAUUGACACAAAGGUAGUACGUGAUGAACUUUAUGUAAGUGCCACUGUGGAAGAAGAGGGAACAGGUGUUUCACUCUCCCAGACGAAGAGGAUAAAGAUUUCAUACAUUAUUGGAAAGCUGGCUUUUGUUGAACCUCCCAAGAUUUAUGAACAAGGAACAAAUCUGGAGGGAAGGGUCAAGGCUGUUCACUACAAUGACACACCCAUUCCUCACAUGCCGCUGUACUUGUUUGAGGGUAAUAUUUGGUCUGUACGCUCACUGCAGAACCUUACAACUGACAGCGAUGGUUUUGCCACAUUCUCUUUCAGCACAGACAAAUUUACUGGAAAUAUUGAUCUCAGAAUAAGCGCCUCACCAACACUGGAGCCCCAUGCAUAUAGAAAAACUCACAUUCCCACAGGACGUCACAUAGUUCACCAAUCUCAACCUCCUGUUGACACUAAAACAGUCAGCUCCUUGAAGAUAAAGUCGAGCAAUACAGCACUUCCUUGUGACAAAGAAGUGGACAUCGCCACUGAUUACAGUUUUGUGCAUGAACCACAGGGAUCUGUGGACAUCAUGUAUCUGGUCUUAUCUAGAGGAGCUAUUGUCAGUGGAGGACAUAAACAAGUUCAAGUGGAAGAUAAACCAGUGAAUGAGGGCGAGGUGUCCUUUAAGUUGAACGUAUCUCCAGACAUGGUACCAAUGAUCCAGGUUGUGGCUUAUGCUGUCCUCCCCAGCAUGAAUGUGAUUGCUCACAAUGCCGAGUUCUCAACAGAAAAAUGUUUCAGUAAUAAGGUAUCUUUGGAGUUUUCUCCAUCUUCCGCUGUCCCAGGAGAGGAGAUCAAGCUACAGCUGACAGCCCAGUCUGACUCCCUAUGUGGAGUCAGUGCCAUCGAUCAGAGUGUCCUCAUCAAGGAGCCCGGAAAGACUCUGGAUGAAGAUAGGAUUUUUUCCAUGCUGCCUGUCAAGAAAAUUUCAUAUAUACCAUACCAGGUUAGCGAUCCUGAUGAAUGUCUGCAUGUGAGGCCAAAGAGAUAUGUUUUACCUUAUCCGUCUGAAGAAGGGGAAGCCCAUAAAGUUUUCCAGAAUGUAGGACUGAAAACCGCAACAAAUUUGGUGAUGACAGUACCAUCUUGUCUUAAAUUCAAAGGAAGAGAAUUUUAUCGAGGAGUACACGUAGCUUAUGAUCGAAUAAGCAGAGUGGAUUUUUUGAGUUCACCAGUGGGUAUGAGACCGGGUGUUGUUGGUGAAGCAGGCACUAUUAUGGAACAACCAUUGGUAACAGUUCGCACUUUCUUCCCUGAGACGUGGAUAUGGGACCUCGUGGAAACUGGAUCUUCUGGAACCAAGGAUGUGUCCUUCACUGUCCCAGACACCAUCACCACCUGGGAGACAGAGACAUUCUGUUUGUCCUCUGAGGGUUUUGGUUUGGCUCCUCGUCAGAAGCUCACCGUCUUCCAGCCCUUCUUCCUGGAGCUCACCAUGCCCUACUCUAUCAUCCGGGGGGAGAACUUUGAGCUGAAGGCAACCGUCUUCAACUACCUGAACAAAUGCAUUAUGGUUAAAGUGACUGCAGCCCCCUCCUCAGAUUACACCCUAACCCCUCUAUCUGGGGACCAGUACACAUCCUGUCUGUGUGGCAGUGAGCGGAAGACCCUCAGCUGGACCAUGAAUCCCACAGCCUUGGGGGUUGUGAAUGUGACCGUGACUGCUGAGGCCGUUUCAUCUGACGCUUCUUGUGAUAACGAGGUGGUGAGUGUUCCAGACAGAGGCCGCGUUGAUGUUGUAACCCGUCCUCUUAUUGUAAAGGCUGAAGGACUUGAAGUUGCAAAGACACACAACUGGCUGCUCUGCCCCAAAGGAGAAGCUUUGACUGAGGAAACAAACCUACAGCUGCCUCAAAAUGUGAUUGAUGGAUCAGGCCGUGCUGUAGUAUCUGUCCUAGGUGACAUUCUCGGCCGUGCCCUGCAGAACCUAGAUGGUCUGCUGCAGAUGCCAUAUGGAUGUGGUGAGCAGAACAUGGCACUACUGGCUCCCAACAUCUACAUCCUUGAAUAUCUACAAAGUUCACAACAGCUGACCCCAGCCAUUAAGAAAAAGGCGUCCAAUUUCUUAAACAGUGGCUACCAGAGACAGCUUAACUACAAAGACAGUGAAGGUGCAUACAGCACAUUUGGAUUAGGACCAGGAAACACAUGGCUGACAGCUUUUGUUCUGAGAUCUUUGUCCAAAGCUCAGUCUUUUGUCUACAUCGACCCAAAAAAACUUGAAGAAUCAAAGACUUGGCUGAUCCAAAAGCAAAAUGACACCGGCUGCUUUGUGAUGUCUGGAAAGCUCUUUCACAACAGAAUGAAGGGUGGUGUAUCAGAUGAAGUGACACUUAGUGCUUACAUAACUGCUGCCUUUUUGGAGAUGAAAAUGUCCUCAGAUGAUCGUGUGAUGAAACAGAGCCUGUCAUGCCUCAAAGAGUUCAUCAAUGAUUUCAGCAACACCUACACUACAGCUCUGCUGGCAUACGUCUUCUCGCUGGCUGGAGACAUGGAGACCAGAGAUCACCUAUUGCAGCACCUCGACUCAGUUGCCAUCAAAGAUGGGAGCUUCAUCCACUGGUCUCAGACAGCAACAGAAACAUCAGCCUCUCUGUCUGUGGAGAUCAGCUCCUAUGUGCUGCUGGCAAAGCUCUCUGCCUCCAACACUAAUGAAGACCGGGGUUACGCCUCAGGGAUCGUUCGAUGGCUGACGACCCAGCAGAACCAUUAUGGAGGAUUCUCCUCUACUCAGGACGCGGUGGUGGCUCUUCAGAUCCUGUUCCUCUACUCUAGUCUGAUGUUCAGCCCUGAAGGUUCCAGCACAGUGACAGUUCAGUCUCCCAGCGGGCAGCUAACAUUUGAUGUAAACCCAGAAAACAAACUGCUUUAUCAGGAGAAGAUGCUGCAGGAUGUGACGGGAAAGUACAGCUUGGAGGUGAAGGGGACUGCAUGUACCUCAGUGCAGAUUUCUCAGCACUACAACAUCCCACCUCCUCCUGAUGCCACCACUAUGAGUGUGGAGGUUCUACCAGAGUAUGACUCCUCUCACAAAACACCCAAAGUCACCCUGAGUCUCAUUUUGCAGUACAAUGGAAAAGAGGCCAGCACUAACAUGGUGAUUCUGGAUAUUGCCUUGCUCUCAGGAUUUAUCCCCGAUCCACAGUCUAUGAAAAAUCUUGAAGGUGCUCAGCUGGUGGAUCGUGUUGAACACAAGAACGGCCAUGUUGUGGUGUACUUAAAGGAGCUUAUGAAGGCCGUACCAGUCAACCUCAGCUUGGUGCUCCAACAGCAGAUCCCUGUGCAGAACCUCAAACCAGCAGUGAUCGCCCUCUAUGACUACUACCAGCCCACUGACCGGGCUGAGAGGGAAUACACUGUGGCUAAUCAAGCUUGAGGACUGUCCCUUACCCUCCGGUUCUCAGUGAUUCCAGCCUCAUGUUGACUGUAUAUGUCAUGUAAAAUGCAUGUACUUGUUCUUAUCAAAUAAAUAAAUAUAAAAUUAA